AUGAUGGCAUUCAUGAUGUGGAUGGCUGGAAGCACAGUUCAUCUAUUUAGCAUUGGCAUAACAUUUUCAGCUCUUUUGCAGCCCAUUAAUGCCCUUCGUGGGGUAGGGAAAGUUUUCGAGCCAUACAAGGACAACAAAGUUGAUUUAUUGGCACCUAAAUUAGUAUUUAUCGCCCUUAAUUUGGUUGGCUUAGGGCUUGGCAUCUGGAAGCUUAACGCACUGGGUCUUCUUCCAACUCAUGUAUCAGACUGGGUUUCAUCCUUGCCUCCCCCACAGGAUGUGGAGUUUUCUGGUGGAGGUAUUCCGCUUUAUUAG